GACAUUGACUUUACCUACCUACAGUGUCGUACCGGUAUCACUGCUCGUGCCGCUUGCCGCCCCGAGGUCCUUCUCGUGUCAUCCAGCCACGUGAUCUUUAGUCACGAAUAGAUUAGGUAGCUUCAAAGGAGCUAUGAGUCUCUGGCUUUGUUGGAGACAAUCAAGGCCUUCCAACACCUGGAUUUAUGUUACAUUUUCUUUUCCAGGUCUUCAACUGAUGCUCGCGCAACGUGAUCUCUGCCUGGCGUCUAAAUCAUAUUACCUUUUAAUUGAGGCAUCAAUGCGCAAUACGAUCGACCUGCUUUUGUACGAUGCGUGGUUUUUCCAAUCAUGCAAGGUCCCGGGAUAAAUCUAUUCCUGGAGCCUAUUGGCCGUAUGCUGAAACAUAUCCAGCU